AUGCUGAAAAAGCAACGGGGAGAGCCUGGAGUUACUACAGAUGUUCAAGUGUUAAUCCUUGAGGCUGUCAUUCAUGCAUCGCGUCCCCUUCGAUUGAAUGAACUGGCGAGCCUCUUGAAGUGCGUUCGCCCUGACAUCACCCAGCCCAGCGCCUUCAAAAGUUUGAUCGCAACUAGCUGUGGGCCACUGAUCGAGAUCCUCGAGGAUGAGACUUUGCAGGUCAUCCAUCACUCUUUCACGGAAUUCCUACGUGGAGAUACUCGCAGCGCCUCCACUGUUGGCGCAUCUGAUUUCCCAAUCAUCGACUCUCUUCAGGCACACAAGCAUAUGGCCAUGAACUGCCUUAUUUAUCUGCAGUCCGGAUCACUGCUACUGGACAGCGAGCAGCCCAACAACUCAGCUGUCGAUCCGUCGGUGACAUUCGAAACACCCAGACACAAAGUCGACCGCGACGCGCGGUAUUACAGGCGUGAACACCUUGGUAUUCGAGACGAACAUGAUGCUUUCGAGUACCGAUCAGCUCGCCUACAAUAUCCAUUCCUCAGCUAUGCGGUUGAGAAUUGGCCAUACCAUGCCUCAAACUACGACGUGGAUGAUAGCAAAUUCUUCAACACCAUCAUGGAAUUUCUGAACUCUGGGACCCUUUCGUUUCUGCGAUGGCUUGUCCUGGAAUGGGGAUCAACAUCAAGCGACAAAGGAUCGCCAAAGGGGAUCCCUACGGGUCUUCACAUUGCAGCCUUUGCAGGACUAACUCAGUUCGCCUCUCAGCUCCUCAAGCAAGGCGUGUCAGUCUCGGCAGUUGAUGCUCAAGAGCGGGUUCCAUUGCAUUGGGCAGCGACAAAUGGUCACGAUAAAGUCGCCGCGCUCCUCCUCCACAACGGGGCCAAUCCCGAUGCCGAAGACGGAAGAGGGCUAAAACCCAUCCAUCUCGCAACCUUCAAGAAUUACGCCAAGGUCGUGACCGUCUUGCUUGAAGCAGGUGUCAAACCAAACACUAUAAAAACAAGGGAAAACCGAACAGGGCGUCUCCUAGGUGGCGAAAGAAUCACAAAAGGCGAAUGCUCUAUAUACUAUUCCAGUAGAGGAGGGCACACAGAGGUUAUUAUUGCUAUGAUGCCCUUCUGCGAGCUACAGAUGCUAGAGCAGCUUCUGUGCCAAUGCUGCCAGUUCAGUCGAGCAGAUGCAGUUCAAGCAAUCUUGGGCAACUCGCCUGUCUCGCCUAAUGCAACCUACGAAGGGGCGACAGCAUUGUAUUUUGCUUGUGCCAUACCCGAUGUCAAGAUUGUCGAGGAGCUCAUUCGCGCAGGUGCAGAUGUCAAUAUGGUAUCCCAAUGGCAAUCGAGACGACGGAUGAAUGGCCCACGCCCUCAGAAGCGGGAAGAUGCAACACCACUGCAUCGCCUGGUAGAGGUCUGGGAAGAGAAGAAUGAUUCCGAUAGCAAAAAGGUUCUAACAAUGUUGCUGAAAGCUGGUGCUGACCUUGAACGGUUUGAUGGCCGUGGAAAAACUCCCUUGGCCAUUUCAGCGCAAGAUCCCCGAUAUUCUGGCGAAAGGGGGAAUCAUUUACUGGCCCUGAAGGCCUUGGUAAGAGCUGGCGCCAAUGUCAAGGUCAUGGGCCAGCCCCCGAAUGCGGACACAAUACUGCACCAAGUUCUUGAACACAGCAGGGACUUAGAAGUUAUUAAGCUUCUGGUGGAACACGGGUGUGACCCGAUGCAGAAAAACGAGUCUGGACACACAGCUCUGCAUAGAGCUGUAUCCGAGACGGGCUCCUACAAGCCAGACACCGACUCCAGAAGGAUGGAUAUCGUGAAAUAUCUCCUCAACCAAGGUGCCGAUCCUUGUGGAAAGGAUAGGUAUGGAAGAACACCACUCGGCAUUGCGAUGUCCGGAGAAUCGGAUAUAUUUGAAGCCUUGUUCGAGAGGGCAACCGACAAGUCCGCGACGGAAAAGUGCUGGUUCAAUCUUUCAGAGAUAAGCAAUGCAGACAGGUUCACCCAUUAUCUUGAACUUCUACUUGCUGCAGGGAUCGAUAUGGAGAUGGUGGAUUCAAAUGGCAACACUCUCUAUUUGAAUUGUGUAAGAGGAGGUAAGGAACGAUUGCGUAUCCUGAAAGAUCAUGGUGCACGGACAGAUGCCACAGACUCCAAUGGGAACAACGCAUUACAUCGUCUCUGCUUCUACGGAGCGCGGCGUACAGAGGAAAUGGAAAUGUCCAUAGAGGAAGGCAUUGACCCUCUUGCCACCAAUGACAACGGAGACACGCUUUUACAUCUUGUCGCAAAAGAGUAUGACGGUACAAGAGAAUCUGCUGGUCUUCUUGGUUGGCUACUCAGUCUUGGUAUUCCAGUCAACGCUGUCAACAAUCAGGGUGCCACUCCUGUACAUGUGUUCCAAACCCGCAGACGUACUGGGAGUACCUUGCUUGACAACAAGCGCAUUCACUUCCUGGAUGUCUUGAACCGGAACGGUGAGGUCGACUUGCAGAUCCGUGAUAACGAUGGGCUGUCACCGCUUCAUCUGGCAGCCAUGACAUCAGAAGUUGAAUUGGCCGAGCUCAAGAAACUCGGGCUUGAUUUCAACUAUCUAACUUCUGACUUACAAAACGUCCUUCAUCUGGCAUGCCGAGCUCGUAAAACCGGCAUUGUUGCACAGAUUCUGGAAACCGUCCCCAAUAUAUAUAUGAACCAACAAGACCAAUUUGGUAGAACGCCACUUCAUUAUGCCUGCAGUUCUGGCGACCCCGAGAUUGUUGCCUGGCUUUUACGCUACGGGGCUUCAACCUACAUCAAAGCAAACGAUGACUCUUCUGUCUUGCAUGCCUGUGCGGAUAUCAGAAUUGAGCAGAGCAUAUGGAACCUCCAAGCACGAGAGUCCCCAUGGCUGCGAAGGCCAUGCGUUGACCGAUUUCGGCCUCGUGCUGCUAACGACUAUCCAAGAGACCCUUGGUAUCAGGCUGAAUACUCUACUCCUAAAGUUGAUAUUCAGAGACAGUCAUCGCCAGGAGUUGCGACCAUCAUUGAAAUGCUAGUUGAGCAUGGUGUAGACCCUAGUUGGUUAGAUGAUCGUAAUCGAACAGCCUUGGAUUUGGCUCUCUUUGCGGGAUGCCCUGAUUUUGCGGAAAUCUUUUCAGAGGACGAAGAACUGUUCAAAAUGGCUACAGUACGACUAGAGAAGGAGAACGACAGUGCAAAGGUGGAAGAAAGACGGAGAGGCAUCAAAUUACAAAUGCUUCUGAUGUGUCCGAAAUCUUGCUGGGAAGUCUUACGUCGAGAUGAAGAUGGGUUCAAGAGCCUCAUGGACAAACCUCAAACCUUUCUUAGCCUCCUCUCCACCCAGGACGCUGCGAGAUUAAUGGAUCAAUGCGUUGAAACUGCACCAUUGGCAACGGGAACUUACGAGUUACUCGAGCAAAUUAUGAGGCCGAUUAGCUGCCAGACUUUCAAUCACCUUUCUGCUAUCGAGCAUGCACCAGGACUCAUCAAGUACUACAGCAACUAUGAGAAUGCAAAAGCAAGGCUCAAGAAAGAGAUCCUCGAGGAACGGUGGCAUCCGGAAACCCUUAUGACUGCGCUAAGCCUGGCUUGCUCCCAAGAGGAGUCAAGCAUGCUCACAUUGCGGUUACUCGUUGAGAAAUUGAAGGUUGAUGUUAACGCUAAUUUUGCGUUGUCAAUUGGCGACAGAUACGACAAACGCAGUGGCGUAACCCCGGGUGGAACGGCACUGCAUGUCCUUGCCGAGGCGAAUCAACACUGGCAGUUGGAAGGCUUAAGGUAUCUGAUCGAAAACGGAGCCAACGUUAAUGCUUUGCGCAAAGAUGGACAGACGCCACUUCAUAUUGCAGCUGGGGGGUUGGUCCAUAAGAAUCGCGAUGUAAAAGGUCUAGCGAGGCUAGAAGCUGUUAAGAUACUCCUUGACCAUGGAGCUGACAUCAACGCACUUGACAACUCCAAAUUAACUCCCCUACAUAAGGCAUCGAAUGCACCAGAUGUCACAAAGGAACUGCUCAGUCGAGGCGCAGACGCAACCAUUGGGAAGGAAAGCCCUUUGUUUGAAGCAAUUUUCGACCAGAACCAGGAAGUAUUGGAAGCACUCCUCAAGCACGGGUCGAGUCCUGACAUACUGAGCGAAGCGAAGCACAGUCGGGACGUGCAUUAUAACCUGACCAAGUCACGCCACGUUUAUCCUGUGCUUUGCGCUGCAUUCGCUGAAAAGCUCAAUACACAAGUUGCCAACUCAAUACCCUUACUACGAAUACUCAUUGGGCGUGGAGCAAAUCUCUAUCUACCUCUGAACGAUGAUGAAACGCUAAUUCAUUUCCUCUUUGUGUACCCAAAAUAUGAGGUUAUUGACGAGCUUCUGACACCGCCAUGCGCCUCACAAAUUGACUUCAACCAUCGCAAUCAACAGGGCCAGACUGUUCUUAUGGCUGCUUGUAACUGGCGGGAAACAUUGCCCGGGUUCUCUCAUAGGCAUUGGGAAAAGCUCCCUACGGGACCUCCUGUACGGAUACUGGAUCUUGGAGCCGAUGCAACACUCGUUGACAAUCUUGGUAAGACAGCGCUCCACCACCUGCUGAGUAACCCUGGCUUGCCUGAUGACACCCUCAUUGAGUUCAUCAAUCGAACAGAGGUCGCCCCGACCCUCUUUCAGGCAGACGAGGAAGGAUACUUACCACUCCACUAUGCUCUCCGACUAUUGCGCCCUAGAGUCUGUGAAGCACUGCUCAUGAAGGGGGCUGAUCUGCUUCAACCCGACCCAGAGGGCCGCACAGCCCUCCACUAUAUAGCCUCGCAAUGCCUUCUCAACACACGAGAACCUGGAUCCCCAGGUCGACUGAACAUCGAGCUUGGUGACGGCUACUUCAAGCAGUGUCAUGUUCUAUGGAAAAAGUUCAUUGGCCAAGGAGGUUCUAUCAAUGUUACCGACAAAAUUGGAAACACGCCUCUGCACACAUAUCUCUCUUCGGCCCCAAGUAACGGUUAUGAUUGUCACCCAGAAUCAUGUCAUACUGACCACUUCAUGAUUCUGUUUCCGGAAGGUAGUGAUGUUGAUAUUUUUGCGCUGAACAAAUCAGGAGAGGGAGCGCUACACAUGAUUGCAGGGAGAGAGGAUUUUUAUGUUACGGUUGAGGGGCAUGACAAGAAACUGUUUCUUUUGAUGAUGAACAAAGGUUUAGAUCCACUGAAGGAGGAUGAGAAAGGAAGAAGUGCGUUAGAUAUCGCGAGUGCUUGUGAGAAGGAUGAUAUUGUCAGUUUGCUUGGGAGGAAGUAA